UCUAUCAUCACAGGUAAACAGUGUCCCUACAACAUGAGGUUUGAAGAAAGUGCUUUUCCUUGCGUGGAUACUUGCACACAUCAGGAGACAAGAUUAGUGUGUGAGGACCACAAAACAGACGGCUGCUUUUGUCCUCCCGGAACGGUGUUUGAUGAUAUUUCUGAGAGGGGCUGCAUCCCUCGGUCUGAGUGUCAGUGCAAGCAUGACAGAAUCUACGACUCCGGAGACGUUUACAGUCAUGAAAAUACAAACUGUACCUGUUCAAAAGGGAGAUGGGAAUGCGACAGCUUUGAGACACCUGUUGCCACAUGUGCAGUUGAGGAAGGUUCACAUUUCACAACAUUUGAUGGUACAACCUUUACCUUUCAUGGAAACUGUCGCUACACCCUGGCCCAGGUGGAAAGCAAGGAUGGAGCAAGUCCAAAUUUUACCAUCCGAGCCUUGCUGGAACCAUGUGCCCAAGAAAAGUAUGACACUUGUUUGAAGGCUUUAAAACUCCAUCUGCACGAUGAUCAUGUCUUAAUGUUCACAUCUGAUGGCACAGUUCAGCAUGAUCACAAAACCUUGACUUUGCCGUACUUCUCAGGGGAAAUUAGAAUAUUUCAUGCUUCUUCCAUUGACAUCUUGCUUUAUGCCAAGUUUGGCCUGCAAAUUCAGAUCCAGCGUUUACCUGUCAUGCAAGUCUACAUCAGUUUGGAAAAUAGCUACAAAAAUAAGAUGAAAGGUUUAUGUGGUACCUUCAAUGAUGUCUCUAAUGACGACAUGAUGACUCCACAGGGGCUCACUGAAGGAUCUCCAUUAACUUUCAGUAACUCUUGGAAGGCUAACACACCAUGUGCAGACAGAGAGGAAAGACUCAAUAAUCCCUGUGAUCAAAGUUUAAUUACUGAGCAUUAUGCCAAACACUGGUGCGAAAUACUUCAAAAUCCAAAUAGUACAUUUGCAAAUUGUCAUUCAGUAUUGGAUCCUAAAAUAUACUAUCAGCGUUGCCUUUAUUCAACCUGUAACUGUGAAAAGAGUGAGGACUGCUUAUGUGCCGUCUUGACCUCUUAUGGUCGAGCUUGUGCAGCGAAGGGGAAGUUUGUGGCAGAUUUUGGAAAUGUUUGUGAGAAACACACAAAGAGCUGUCCAGCAACUCAGAUCUUCACUUACAAUCACCGGAGAUGCCAGCUGACUUGUAGUUCGCUGAGCUCAGAUCAGCAGAGCUGCACUUCAAAUUUCUUGCCUGUGGUUGGCUGUUUCUGCCCUGAUGAUCUCUAUCUGAAUGAAAACGAUGCUUGUGUACCCAAAGAAGAAUGUUCCUGUUUCCAUAAAGGAGAAUACAUUGAGGCAGGAAAGUCUGUAGACAUCAAUCGUGAGCACCUUGUGUGCACAAAUGGAAGACUUUUAAGCCAUUCUCCAAAAAAAAGCCCCCCAGAAUGUAAACCUCCAAAAGUGUACUUUGACUGUUCCAAUGCCACCCGUGGAAGCCCCGGACCACAAUGUGCUAAAACUUGUUUAAAUCCGGAUAAUGUUUGUGACCCAACAGAGUGUGAAUCUGGCUGCAUGUGUCCACCUGGUCAGCUUGAUGAUGGCAAUGAUUCCUGUGUAAAACAUGUAAAAGAGUGUCCAUGUCAGCAUAAUGGUCAGUUUUAUAAAUCUGGCAAUCACAUUUUUCAAGAUUGCAACAGAUGUACUUGCAAACUUGGAAAAUGGGACUGCACAAAAAAUAAAUGUCCAAAAUCCUGUGUUAUUUAUGGAAGUGGGCAUCACAAGACGUUUGAUGAGGAAAAGUAUGAGUUUCAAGGAAAGUGUUCCUAUGUUGCUGUCAAGAACAAAUGUUCCAACAAAACAGUAGGCAUCAACUUUGAGGUUAUCACAGAAGAUGAACUAUGUGGAUCAACAGGCACAACCUGUUCCAAAACUGUACUAAUUCAGCUGGGGACAGCUGAAAUCAAGCUCUCAAAUGGAAAAUUUGAAGAGAACAAUUUGGAAAAUAAUAGGAAAAAAUAUAGCAUAAGAAAGCAAGGUUCAUAUAUUGUGGUGACAUCCGAGAUUGGUCUGACGGUGAUAUGGGAUCGCAAAACAUUUUUUCUGAUCCAACUGGACCCAAAAUUCAACGGUAAAGUGUGUGGCCUGUGCGGAAAUUUUGAUGAAAAUAGAAAUAACGACUUCACUACCCAGAGUGGGAUGUUAGUGACCAGCUCAUUGGAAUUCGCAAACAGCUGGAAAGUGGGUAGCUCGUGCCCAAAUGUGGAGGAAAACACUGAUGCAUGUAAAAAAGCACCCCACCGAGAGUCUUGGGCGAAACUGAAAUGCAGCAUUAUAAUAGAUGAAUUCAAAGAAUGUCAUACCGAGGUAGAUCCCCAUCCAUUCUAUGACAACUGUGUUAAAGACACAUGUGCCUGUGAUUCUGGAGGAGACUGUGAGUGUUUCUGCUCAGCUGUUGCAGCUUACGCCCAAGCUUGUAAUGAGGCUGAAGUAUAUGUUGCAUGGAGAACUCCAGACAUCUGUCCUAUCUUUUGUGAUUUCUACAACAAUCCAAAUGAAUGCACAUGGCACUACUCCAGCUAUCCUCCAACGCACUACAGUCCAUGUUUGAACUGCAGCCAAACUGUCUUAAGACUUGAAGGUUGUUAUCCUAAAUGUCCGGAAGAGAAGCAAUGGUUUGAUGAGAAUAAACAGCAAUGUGUUGAAGCAUGUGACUGGACAGCAUGUACAACAACCACUACAUCUACAACCAUUUCAACAACAACUGAAACACCCACUACAACCAUUUCAUCAACUGAAUCUACAACUACACCCACUACAACCACAACCACUACAACUGAAACACCCACUACAACCAUUACAUCAACUGAAUCUACAACUACAUCCACUACAACUACAACCACUACAACUGAAACACCCACUACAACCAUU